AUGAGUGCUUCAACGACAUCCGAACAAAUUCAAAAAGUGACCCUAAAGAGCCGCGACGAAAAAGUAUAUAAAGUUGAUGUUGCAGUCGCAAGUCGGUCCAUUUUACUGAAGAAUAUGAUUGAAGAUGUUGGUGAGUCAGACCAAGCAAUUCCGCUGCCGAAUGUUGACGAAAAAGUUUUAAAAAAGGUACUUGAAUGGUGUGAGCAUCAUAUCAACGAUCCAUUGCCAACUAGCGAUGAAGAAUCUCAACGUCGACAUAAUCAUGCCGAAAUCGAUGACUGGGAUCAGAAAUUCUUAAAUGUAGAACAAGAUCUCUUGUUUGAAAUCAUCUUGGCUGCCAAUUAUUUGGACAUCAAACCAUUACUUGACGUUGGUUGCAAAACAGUCGCAAACAUGAUCAAAGGGAAAACUCCCGAUGAGAUUCGUAAAAUGUUCAAUAUUGUAAACGACUUUACUAAAGAAGAGGAGGAACAGAUUCGCAAGGAGAAUGAGUGGGCUGAGGAUAGAUAA